UGGAAGGAUUUCAAAAGAGUAAUGUACGAUAAUUAUACCCCUGAAAAGUUUGAAAGAUUAUGGAAUGAGUUAGUAGAAAGACAUGAACUACAAGACAAUAAUUGGGUUCAGCAAACUUACCAAAAACGGUUUAUGUAGGCUACUGUUUAUUUACGUGACAAAUUUUUUGCGGGUAUAAGGACUACUUCUUUAUGUGAAGGUAUAAAUUCAUGCAUAAAGUCUUAUUUGAAGAGAAAAAAUACUAUAGUUGAGUUGUUGUACAAUUUUGAGCAUUCUUUAAGAGAUUAUAGGUAUAAUGAGUUGUUGUCUGAUUUCAAUUCUUUUUAUACAGAACCUGUUUUAUCCAUGUCUUCGCCCUUAAUUGAAAAAGAAGCCUAAAAAAUAUAUACCAGUGAUGUGUUUAAAUUGGUAAAGGUUGAGAUUGUUACUGCUGGAUCUUUGAAUGUUAUUGAUACAAAUGACAAUGGUGAUAAGGUUACUUUCACAGUUGACAAUUAUAAGCAUCGUCAAUCUUUACAGAAUGUUGUUUUUGACAAAGAUGAGUGCAAAUAUGAAUGUGGUUGUAUGAUGUUUGAAUCUUGUGGCAUUCCUUGUAGUCAUAUUAUAUGUGUUAUGCGAUAUCAACAUGUUCAUGUGUUUCCUCCAAGUUUAAUAUGCAAUCGAUGGUUGAAGGAUGCUAAAAAUUCAGUUUAUGUCUUAUGAGGCAGGGGAUAAUUCUAAUGAUAUGAUUAUUACUGCAUGGUUUGGGGUUUUAAGUGCAUGUUUUAAUAGACUUGGUCACUUGGCCUCAAAGAGUCGUGAAAGUUAUAAUUUCAUAAGGAAUGAAAUUUUGAAGCUUACUGAUAAGUUACAAAAAGAAGUUGGUUUGCAGCCCAAUGGAUAUAAUGCUAGUAAUGAUUAUUGUGACCCCCUUGUUGUUAAGACAAAAGGUGCCCCAUCAAAGAAAAAUGUUAAGAAAAAGAGUAGGAAAUGUUCUAAUUGUAAUUUAACUGGUCAUGUAGCUUCAACAUGUCCUGUCCUCCUUUCCAUGGAUUAUGACUUUAGUUCCAGUGAGGAUACUACAAAAUUGGAUCAUGCUGGUGAUGAAAGUGAAAAUUUUACAUCCUCUGAUGAUGAUACUAACAAAGAAGAUGGCAGUAAUGCUCCAGUGAAGAAUAAACGAAUGGAUGAUGAUUUAAGUAUUUCAAAAUUGAAAUAUAAGAAACAAAGGGUUUCAAAACCGAAUUUGAAGGAGGAGAACAUUCAAUAG